AAAAAACCUUCCAAAAGGCUUGAAGUAAACUUCGAAUAUUUUGUUAUUUUUCAGGGUUUGGGUGUGGAAGAUAUUUUCCUGUGAUCUCCUGAAGUGGCCUGCCAUAUGUGCUGAGCGAGGGGAAGAGCCCUUUGUCAUUCCAGUCCUGUGUGCACCUGGGAGGAGGAGGAGGAGGAGGAGCUGCUGCUAGACCUGAGCUGCUGGCGAGGGUUGAUCAAGAUACAGACUGUUUGGUUUCCAGAAUGUUUGCUGAGUAUGAAGACAGGGAGGAUACUGAAAUGUAUGAAGAUGAACUUUAUCGUGAGGAGUCAUCCAGUGAGCAGAGUGUUGACACUGAGGUGGAGUUUCAUCUCUACAGCCAGAUCCACUAUUCCCAAAACCUUGGAGAAAUCAGCAACCUGGAAACGGGUGAAGCAUCUGAUGUAGCAGGAGUCACGGGCCAUCGUUCAGCUCUAACUGAGAAACAGCCUGAAGACAAGACCAUCACUGAAAUCAUUGAUUGUGAUGCUCAGCUCUCCGAUGAUGACCCUGAGGUCAUCGUCCUGUCCGACACACCGGAUGAAGACAGUGUUUACAAAAGCAAAGCCAAGAAGUCAGCAAAGUCCUUAGCACAAGGGGACACACGCAGCCGUCCAGGAUCUUCCACCCCAGAUUAUGCCAGGGCUGCUGGAGGUAACGCCCUGUACCCUGCUGGGCUGGGCAUGGACAUUUCGAGGCCGAGGAAGAGCACUGCUGGGAAGGUGGACCCGGCAAGUUCUGCCAGAGCUCAUGGCAUCCAAGAUGUGUUGGUGAUAAACGACAGCUCGGAGGAGGACAGCGUGGUAUCCGAAAGUGAUAAUGUCGAGAGCUGGAUGAUUUUGGGAACCAGUGCUGAUGACAGAGAUGAAGAUAUAAUUUUGAACCUUGAAGGCUGUGCAACCCCUGUCAGUGAAGGAGAAGAUGUGGACUGGUCCAUCUGUAAUAAGGACUUAGAGGCACAGAUCUCCAACUAUGCGAGGGUGAAGCACACCAGUACGCGAUACUACACCGCUGAUAAAAACGUCACCUGUAGGAAUUGCAGCAGACCAGGUCAUUUGUCCAAGAACUGUCCUACCCCAAAGAAAGUUCCCCCUUGCUGCGGGUGUGCAGAGAGAGGUCAUCUAUACAACAGCUGCCCGGCACGUUUUUGUCUGAACUGCUGCUUGCCUGGCCACUAUUUCAAGGAAUGUCUGGAGAGACCCUAUUGGAAUAAAGAGUGCAACCGCUGUGGUAUGAAGGGGCAUUAUGCUGAUGCUUGCCCAGAAAUAUGGAGGCAGUAUCACCUAACAACGAAGCCGGGGCCCAUCAAGGCAGUGGGUCUGCACAAGAGGCGCUCUGCCUCAGGGUACUGCUACAACUGCUCCCGGAAAGGACAUUUUGGAUAUGAGUGCUCAGAGAAGAGGAUGCACGGGAGCAUGUUCCCUACGUCUCCAUUCAUCCACUGCUACGAUGAUGAGUUUGAAAUCAAGAGAAGGGAGAACAGAUUGAAAAGAAAGGUUGCAGAGAUGCAGGAGGCCGGCCUGCUGCCACAGCAGCCAGAGACACCAUGGUGGGAAGAAACACAUGAGGGGCACAGCUACAAGAAAAAGAGCAAGCAUGGGAAAGAGUAUGGGAAACACAGCAAAGACAAGGAGCGUCACAAAAAGAUGAAGAUGUCCCAGGCAGAGACGCACAAAGAAAAGAAACACAGAAGGCAUGUUGAAAUCGGCCACAAUUUGGAGGAGAACUUCCUCAGAGGGUCCAAAAGGCAGGCGUGUAAGGGCAGCAAAACCCGCCACAGGUCCAAUUUCAAGGCGUUCUCAGGCGGCAAGACUGUGCAUGUGCAGGAGCCUCUGGAAGGUGCUAAAAGGAAGAAGAAAUGGAAAAAGCAGAAAGACGAUAGUCCUGAUAUCAACGAGAAUUUAUUCCUCAUAAAACAGAGGGGGAAGAAGUCCAAGCAGAAGUCCUGGUGAUGCGGCUGUGGACUCUGGCGUGUGCUGACUCCGGCUCUGUCCUGUCCCUCUCGUAGCGCGCGGGACCCGCGCCCAUCCCUGCCCCGCCGGAGCGCGGUGUCACCAGCACCAGGGCUGCACUCUGUGGCCCCAGAUGUAAUUGGCUGUAAGAU